AAUCUACAACAUAUCCAACUUCCAGAGAACAUAUUGAAUCAGAAAAAUUCAACGCUCGCCGGAAAAGUCGCCGGAAAAUCAUCGGGAAAGCCUAUCCUCGACAUAUACUGCGUACACGCAUCAAUGAAUCAUCACUAAGCAGGUGCGUAAUUUUUUUGUAGUUUCGAACAAUUUUUCCGACGAUUUGAAACGAACAGACGGUGCGCCGAAAAUUUCCGGCGGCCGGAACCUGGCCGGGCCGAAAAUUUCCGGCGGCCGGAACCUGGCCGGGCCGAAAAUUUCCGGUGGCCGGAACCUGGCCGAGCCGAAAAAUUCCGGCGGCCGGAACCAGGCUGAGCCGCAAGAUAUUUUCGGCCCGGCCAGGUUCCAGCCACCGGAAAUUUUCGGCCCGGCCAGGUUCUGGCCGCCGGAAAUUUUCGGCCCGGCCAGGUUCCGGCCACCGGAAAUUUUCGGCUCACAGUCUGUUUUUGCAAUUUUUCGGAAAAAUUCGAUUUUAGGAGUUGAAUUUAGAGUUUAGGAGUUGAAUUUAGAGUUUAGGAGUUGAAUUUAGAGUUUAGGAGUUGAAUUUAGCGGUUAAGAAUUGAAAUUAGCGUUUAGGUUCACAGGAAUAUUGAUAUAUUAUAUUGUAAUUGUAGGAAAAAUGUCAGAGUUGUUACCGGCCGAUCAUGAUUACACACAUGAAUUUGAGAAUGGGAUCCAUUAUGCAAGUGUGGAGUUAGCUGAGUUAGCUGCAAGAACAAUCGCUCAGCAGUGUGGGUUCUUUAUUGUUAGAGGAUCAUGGAAACCGAAUACUGCUGGACAGAAUCCUGUUACUGCCCUCUGUAUGUAUUGCGACAGAAGUAGUAGGAUCGUUAAGUCUUAUAAACCAGACCCUACGAAGGAGACGCGUGAGAAUAUUAGUUCGAAGGGUACUGGUUGCCAGUUUCAGAUAUGUAUAAAGGAAGUAUGGCAAAAGGAUGGUCCAAACACAUGGGUCAUGGUGGGAGUGACAAGUCGUGAAACCGGAGCUAAUAGAGGGUUUCACAACCAUGAAAAGGUGUUGUAUCCAGAACAUCACCGACACAACAAACAGUUUAGUGAGGCUGAAAAAGAGAGGUUAAGAUUAAUGAGGAAGGCGGGGGUGAGACCAAAUCAGCAGAAGACGACACUCAAUACUGAAGGGGGUGUGCAUCAUGAUAUCAAACAGAUGUACAACAUAAAUUCCAAGACAAGAUUGGAUGAGAUGGGUGAAAUGGAUGCGAUACAGUUUGCGCUUCACGGAGCUGAACAUCGUGGGUACCAUAUCUGUUUGCAAAAGGACUCUAAUAAUGUGCUCACUAAUCUGUUUUUUGCGCACCCGACGUCCAUUCAGAUGUUGCAUGCAUGGCCGUACGUCAUCCUCAUUGACUCGACCUACAAGACCAACAGGUACGGCUGGCCAUGGGUUGAGAUUAUUGGGGUUACUCCAGUGAAGAAGAAUUUCAACAUUGCAUGUGCAAUUAUUAAGCAGGAAACAAAGGAAACAUAUGAGUGGCUGCUGCGAUGUAUUAAAGGGUUGCUCGGUGAUACGGUUCCGAAUGUCAUUGUGACAGACAAAGAAGGUGGUUUGCUUGCUUCUAUUCCUGUGGUCUUCCCUCUCCCACAUACUGUCCACCUACUAUGUUUAUGGCACGUCAACAACUGUGUGAAGCAAAAGUUUGAAGUGUUACUUGGUGGAAUUGCAAAAAGAGAGGUAGCACAUGCGGUAUGGAAGAAAUAUUUCGACAAAGCUGCAUGGAGUUGGACUCAGGAAGGUUUUCUUCAAAAGAUUAAUGAGUUUGAGAGGGUCUGGACAGUGAAGAACAAAAAAAUGGUCGACUACGUGCGAGGUGAGUGGUUGCCUCAUCAGACAAUGUGGGCAAUGUGCUACACGAACCAUGUGUUUCAUCUUGGUAACACGAGCUCGAAUAGAGUUGAGUCAUCUCACUCUUCAUUCAAGACUUUCCUUGUGUCUGGUAGAGGAGCGAUCGACACUUGUUUUGCGAAGAACCACAACUACAUGGAACAUCAGUUUCUGGAAGUGGUGAAUGAACUGCACAAGUCACUGAACCGCAAUCUGAGUAGGGCAAUUGAGGCUCCGUGCACGUUUUUGAGGAGGGUCGUUAGUUCUGAGGCAAUCAAACUGAUGUUAGAUGGGGCGGCGGAGUUGAAGGACAGUUGUGCGUGUCAUUUUCAGAUGACACAUGGGCUCAAGUGUGCUUGCCAGAUUGUUCAAGCUAAGGAAGAAGGACGUCAAUUCUAUGCUCAAGAGUUGCAUGUAUUUUGGCGGACUUUGGAUUAUAAAAACCCCCCACGUCAACAACAAGUCAGUGAUGAAAUUGAGCUUCAACGAGAACACUUUGUCCCAUGGGAACCAGACGCCCGUGAUGCCGAACGAGCAACUACAGUAGGAGCCUCUAACUCAUCCUCCCCUAAAUUUGCCUGUGACUGAUGUCCAAUAUCUCGAGAGCGCUUAUUCUCCUUAUUCUUCCUUCGUGCUGAUACAUCAACAACCCUACCAUUGAAUCUAUUCAACUCAUCCCCACCCGCAUGACCCGCAUCAUCCAUAUCUAAUUAUCUACAAAUUUACAAAAUAUCAUACUUAGAUGCGCACUAAUUAAUUAAUUUUCUAUUAACUAAUGUAAUAUUAACAUCAAUUGUUAAUUAAUCACAAAUUAAUUAAAUUUCUAUUAACUAAUGUACUGAAUAUUAACAUUAAUUGUUAAAUCAAUUCUUAAUUAAUUAAAAUUCCAUUAACUAAUCUAAGUAAUUAAACAUUCAAACGCCUAUUACAAAAAAAAAUAUUUAUAAACCAACUGAAAUAAAUAUUAACACUAAUUGCUAAUUUCUACUAACCAAUUAAGUAUUUAUUUAUUUAUUAAUUAAUUAUCGUAUUAAAUUAAAUUAAAUACAAAAACUGGCCGGGCCGAAAGAAAUUAAAUUAAAUUUCUAUUAACUAAUGUACUGAAUAUUAACAUUAAUUGUUAAAUCAAUUCUUAAUUAAUUAAAAUUCCAUUAACUAAUCUAAGUAAUUAAACAUUCAAACGCCUAUUACAAAAAAAAAACAUUUAUAAACCAACUGAAAUAAAUAUUAACACUAAUUGCUAAUUUCUACUAACCAAUUAAGUAUUUAUUUAUUUAUUAAUUAAUUAUCGUAUUAAAUUAAAUUAAAUACAAAAACUGGCCGGGCCGAAAGAAUUUUGCGGCCGGUGCGCCGCUGGGCCGAAAAAAAUUUGCGGCCGGAGCGUCGGCCGGCCGAAAAAAAUUUGCGGCCGCUGCGUCGCCGGGCCGAAAGAAAUUUUCGGCCGGCCGUCGCACCGGCCGAAAAUUUUUUUCGGCCGGCCGACGCUCCGGCCGCAAAAUUUUUUCGGCCCGCCCUGUUUUUCGCCGGAAAACUGGAAAACUGCCCGGAAAAAAUAAACUUACUUGUUUUCCGACGAUUGAGGGCGACGGGAGGUUAGCCGACGAUGGAAGAACGGUGCCGGCGACGGAGGCACUGGGCUCGUCAACAGAAGUUUUUGUUGGAAUGAGUCAAAUGUUCAUGGGUAUCCGAAUUUAUAGAAUGAAAGGAAGGGAAGGGAGGGAAAAUUCAAAAUUUGAAUUCAAAUUAUUAUUUUUUUUUUUUUUGUUGGCGGCAAAUAGCAAUUUGCUUGGCGGCAAAUAGCCGUUCACUUUAAUAUUUGUACUGUGGCAAUGACAAGAUGAAUCUGGAGAAGGAAAACGACAAAAGGAGAGAAGCAAAGAAAUCAUCAAACCUUACGAUACAGUACCAAUGCAUGCUAGGCUAGCAGCUACUGGGCCAAAUUGAAAGGUGGCGUGGCGUGCUAUGUUCCCCGCAAGUUUAUUUUGCCUUUUGCUUCUUCUUUCACAUUUUCUAUUUUAUCUUAUUUUAAUGUUGAAUAAAAGUAGGGAACCGAAGCAAAGCAAAGCAAAGCAAGAUUCUGGGGACGACCGGUCAAACAUCAGUCAAAAUUGAUCACUGGGGUGAAAAAAGAAUAACCUGCUGAAGCAGCCAACCCACACGUGCCCUUUUAUUUAUUUAGUAUAAAAAAGUUACCAGGCAGCGCAACGGUAGAAAAUUCAGAGAAAGCUUAGCUAGGUGGUGUGGGAGGCAGAUAAGCUACCUAUGGUUAGUUUGGAUCACUUCCAUCUAAAUUAAGCAAAUUUAACAAAUGUUUAAUUUAUUU